CCUUUUGUUUAUUCUUGGUUGAACUUAAUUAGGUGCUCAUUCUUCAACUGCAAAUCUAACAUUACUACAAUCCAAAAGAAAAUAUGGCAACACAAGCAUUGCUCUCUUCAUCUUCUAUUACUUCCUCAGUGGAGAAUGACAGACAGAUUCUUGUGGGAAGACCUUCUCAAUCUUCUACCAAGAAAGCUUCCUUUGUUGUAAGGGCUGCUUCCACUCCACCUGUUAAGCAAGGAGCAAAUAGGCCUCUCUGGUUUGCUUCCAAGCAAAGUCUUUCAUACUUGGAUGGCAGUCUUCCUGGUGAUUAUGGAUUUGAUCCCUUGGGACUAUCAGACCCCGAAGGAACCGGAGGUUUCAUCGAGCCAAAAUGGUUAGCAUACGGAGAAAUCAUCAACGGGCGAUUCGCCAUGCUAGGUGCAGUAGGAGCCAUAGCACCAGAGAUUCUUGGAAAAGCUGGUCUCAUCCCACCAGAAACAGCACUUCCUUGGUUCCAAACUGGUGUAAUCCCACCAGCUGGAACAUACAACUAUUGGGCUGACUCUUACACUUUGUUUGUGUUGGAAAUGGCACUAAUGGGAUUUGCUGAACACAGGAGAUUUCAAGAUUGGGCCAAGCCUGGUUCAAUGGGAAAACAAUACUUCUUGGGCUUGGAAAAAGGCUUAGGCGGCUCGGGUGAUCCAGCGUACCCGGGUGGCCCAUUCUUUAACCCUCUUGGAUUUGGAAAAGAUGAAAAAUCUAUGAAGGAUUUGAAGCUUAAGGAGGUUAAGAAUGGAAGAUUGGCUAUGUUGGCAAUUUUGGGCUAUUUUAUUCAAGGUUUGGUUACUGGUGUUGGACCUUACCAAAACCUUCUUGAUCAUUUGGCUGAUCCCGUAAACAACAACAUCUUGACCAACUUCAAGUUCCACUAAGUGAACUUGUAGUUAUUUCUUCCCAACUUACUCUUCUCUUAUGUGUAACACUAUGUGCAGAUACUAUUUUGUAUGUCAUCUGUAAUGCUAAAAAGGGGACAUUUGGUCUAAAAAGCCUGAUAUAUUUUUAGUGUAUUAGCAAUGAGUCUAUUUUUUCUAGUUGUUACAUUGUUGUUAUCAUUUUUCUGGCUA